AACUAUUUUCCUGUGCAUCAGGGAAACAGGUCCUUCUUCUACCACCCACGACUCUGUCUCAGAAGUAACUGUCAAGAAACGUUUGAUAUCAACUAACUACAAUCUCAAAAUAAUAAUAACUGUCAUGACUAAAGAUGGAGUCCAAGGGUAAGAGAAAUGAUCAGCUUUCUCGUGUCUCAGAAUGUUUUAAACGCGAACGUUAGCUUGCUGGCUAGCUAACGCCGGUUGUAUUUGCAGAUGAUUGCAUCAGCAAUUUAAUUGAUCAGUUUUCCAUCAAGAAAGUAAACUAGUUUGCUAGCUAUCCAAUUUAAAACAUAGAAAACGUCACGAAUAGCAGCUACAGCCGUGAAGUCCACGUUUCUUUCCACUUGCUACUACAGCUAAAUUCUGACAGUUAGCUAGCUAAUUACCUAGCUAACUUGCUAGUAUCUUAACAGUAGCAAGCUAACCACCAUGCAUGCCAAUGCUCUCUGACCGUGCCAUCAUGCUCAAGAAUACAUGCCACUUAAUUUAGCUGGCUAACAACUGCUUUUCAUGCGUGCUGAACCCAGUAGUUAGUUCGGUAGCUAGCUUGCUAGUUAAAACAACAAAGCCUUGAUUUAGUGGUUGAACUGUCAUUUUGCAAUUUGGAUUCCUCCAUGCUCAAAAUAAAUGAUGUAAAAAAACUACCGGUAUAUCGUAUAAAACCUAUUUGAGAGGGAGGUAGUCAGCUGUAAUUUAUUGCUGCAUGUAUUACAUCAAAUGACACUGGCCUACUUUCUGUCCCACCAUUCAUUAUUGAGUGUGGCUGUAAAGGCUCUUCAAAAGCGAACUUGACAUAACCUGUCGAUCCAUACACAUUCCACCAGUUGUUUGACCAGUGGCAGUUUCAUAGAGCACAACCAUGUCAUAAAAAACAGUGUUUUCCUUAAAACAGCUAGGCAGGUGUAGGGGAAGCAUUACAAUUGAUUUUGGGACAGAAAUAAACCUUAUUAUUUUUUUUACUGUAAAGUCUGGAUCCCUGUUUGACAGUCAGUGUUGGACAUUGUAUAGCAUAAAUGUGUAACAUCAAUGAAUGCCACUCAAAAUGUUUGCAUAUAGUGUGCAUUGAACAACUACAACUGGCUGUGUGUCAAUGUAAUGAAUAACAAUAAGCUCGACAUUAACGCAUGUCCGCUUGCCGGGGCAAGUUAAACAAAUUGUAAGACAAGCAGAUUAUAGAUUUAAAUUGUCAGAGUGGACAAGUAAACAAAAACAUCACGCAAAAAUCACACUAUCAAAUAAUUAGGUUACUCCGAUCAGAAUUGGAUCAAAGUGUCCUCUGCAUGUGGUGUGUUGCGCACUGUCCUCCCAAUCUCUACAGAACGCAUCGCAGUAUAAUUAUUGUAGGCCUGCAUUGACAGGCACCAGCGGUCUUUCAAUCAUGCAGUCGCAAGAUGCGUUUUUGAGAUCAAAGCGAGCAUAGCCGCGUAUGCACAUUUGUUGAUAUUCAUUGCUAGUUAGUGAGUUAUUUGCACAGUUAUAGCUGUAAAAGUCAUGGUGUGUGCAUACCUGCAUGCGUGCCAGUGCGAGUGGGCCUUUGCCAGAGGAGAGAGAGACAUUGCAGCAGCAGAUAAAAUAAUGAUAUACAACAGACUAAUUAGAUAGCCAAUUCAAAACAUAUUGUGUAGUUUGGCAAGUUUUCUCGCUAGUUAACUAUUUACCUAUUCGCAUGUAUUAAUGUCAUUGUCAUGUCCAAUGUCCUAAAUAACUUUCCACCGGCACUUGUGUACAACCGCAAAUGGCCGCCACACAGUUGAUAUGGGUGCACAUUUGAUGAAACCAAUGCUGAGUACUCCGGUUGUAAAUGUCUCUCAAGUGUUUCAAAAUUGGGUGUUGAAAUCAUUCUGACACCGUUGGAAAGAUGGGAUUCUCCUCUAUUCAAUACUGGCCAUAUAAUUCUGACAACGUAAAAAAUAUAUCUUAGAAUAGCCUAAUUGACAAGUAACUCCUAGAUCUUCCCUGAAAAGAGAUAAACAUGUCUUAGUUAGCUACCUUGCUUUGAAGUCGCUCACCUUAGCCAUUUGAUCCCUGGUAAUUGUAUGAGGGAAUUAUUUUAUAAAAACAUAAAAAGUAUUUGGUUGUAAUUGUAAUGUUGCAGGGUCGCCAACCAUCAUCCAGGAGAGUCCUGGAGAGCUACUGAGUGUGCAGGCUUUUGCUCCAGCCCUGCCUCUAAUACUUGUACAAAUCAGCUCCUCAGCAUCCUGAUAAGCUGACUCGUGUGUGUGUGUUUGAGCAGGGUUGGAUCAAAAGCCUACACACCCAGUAGCUCUCCAGAUGGAGGGUUGACCACAUAUGUUUUAUAUCCUGCGUCUUUACUUGUGGGGGGUUAAGUGCCUUUCUCAAGCAACACCGGCAGGAAUAUAAUCAUGGAUUCAGCGACCGCCAGCCUUCAUUGUCAUACCAGUGCUUUUUAUUUUGUGAAGUGGUUCCUUACAUUAUGCAACACAAUUUCUGGCACCAUUUUGGCCCAUGGUGUUACAGAUGUUCUUUUAAUUUGUAAGUGACUUGAGGUUUCAGACAAGUAAAACAUCUGUCCUAUUUGUCCUAUGGACAAGUGACACUUUUUUUUACUGUCAAGCCCUGCUAUGUUCACAGCAUUUUACAUGAGGGCAGGGGCGCAACGUUUUGGAACAUUCAGAUAGAAAUAUGCUACAGUAUGUAGAACAAACAUGCCUCUCCGUCAUGUAGAAUAAGGAAUCACAUCAGCUCUAUUCAUGGAAUUUCUAUCUGCAACGUUCAAGAACGUUUUGUAACUGAACGUGGCCCAGGUGUCAUGGGGGCAGCAGCUGUCCCAAAAAGUGGAGACAAAAAUGUUAAAGUAGGCCUAUAAAUGAUGAAAAUUAGAAAUGAGUAGGGCGCUUAAUCAGUCAGUUCAUGUCUGAUCUUACUUUCACUUAUUCAACACAUCAAGUCUUCCUUUGUUUUCUGUAAAAUAACCCAUAGUCUAUGCAUGAUGGCACAUGUUGAAGUAGUCACACGGACUCUCUGAGUCUUUCAUUUGGAGGAAUAUGGGCUUAUUCUCACUGAAUAGAGUUAUCGGGACGAAAUUUCUAUUUACUUAAUAUGUACAUAUACUUAGAGAGGGUUCGGUUGACUUUCUUGCUUUGCAGCUCAAAAGUACCGUAAAUGUCACAAUAGCCAGCCACUAGCCAGGAGCAGUGGCGGCUCCUGAACAAAUUCUCAGGGAGGGCAAUUUUUCUGAUGAUUUAGGUGACCUACACACAUUUUUAAAAAGAUAUGUCCAGCAACAACAUGAAGACAGGGGCAGCAUAUAAGUCAAUACCAGAAGCAUUUAUUGACUGAUCUCAAAAGUGUUGGCUUACAAAAGCAAAAUAAGUUAUCACAGUAAAAAUAAUCAAGGGUGUUCUUUCACAUUCCUCAACACUGCAUAAACAAUAUGCAUUUCCAUAAACAAAUGAAAUAUCAGCUGAAAAUACAGCAUCUUGGUAUUUGUUCAGAUUGCAGGAUCAACAAGAGCUUUUACCACAUUUUUUGAUAUCUGUUUAAUCUUACCUUAUGGCCUGCACUUGCUUGUGAAGCUGUCGAGGGCACGUUUGAUAGAGACAGCAUCGAUGUCCUUCUUCUGUAGCUUCUGGUACAGAAUGUCGACGUGGGGCAUGAUUUUGUGAAAAAGCCGCAGGAAAAAAAUUAAAUCUUCAUCAUGUAGUAUCCUCACGUAGCCAGCUGCCUCUCUCAAGGUGUGCUGGUCAAAUGAACCCAAUGAACCCGUCCGGAUGGCUUCAAAACAUUAUAUGAGGUCGUCUCGAUUCUCGUAGACAGUGUUCACGACUCUGCUGUUGCUAACCUCAUCGUUGUGGCGGCGGACAGCUAGCCUGUAUCCCUCAUCCAGUUGAGUGGCAAUAUUCACUCUCCCAAAAGCAGACAAUCUCAAACAGCUAUAUGUGGGUCUUUGACAGCUAAUUUUUCUUAAUCUUUUCUGAAAGAUGGUGCAUGUCGGUUACACCAGUCGCUGUCCAAGCGGUGCUGUCUGCUGUGCCGCCUUCAGGGUGGAAGAGUAAGCAGGGGUAGCAAAAAACUGCAUUAGCUACAUCGCAGCCUGCUAGCCAGGUUUUCCGUUCAUACCAAUUUUUGGAAAAUCCUCGGGUGUAGGACUUCCCCCCUUUAGUAGACACCUGUUGAAUUAUUAAAUUUGGUCUGGGGGGUCCUAAUUGUUUCGUUGCCAAUUUAUCUUCAUUUGUUCGCCGACAAAAAGGAACUUCUUUCAAAGACACAAUCGAGUUGGACUGAAGCCUAGCCAUUUUGAUAGUAGUAGUGAAUUGAUUGAGGCUGCUACCUGGUCUUUUCUUAGUUACGUUCAUUCGUGGUUACGUUAUGUAUGACGAAAGCGCGUAAGUGCAAGCCCACAGACACCCAUAGAGAAUGUAUUGAAAGCUUUGAAAUGUGACAAAACUAGAUUUUACAUGGGAGUCUAUGACAGACUUCUGGGCGAUUUUCAACCUGACUGAAAUCGCCCAAAAAACGGGCGGGGCCAUUUGAAGCACGACUUUAGCCUGAUUUGACAUUUAGUGGCUGGCAGAUCAGACGUGAACACUGAUAACUGCUGUUGCCGUGAUAUAAUUUUUUAUAAAUUUAUAAAAAAAAAAUAUUUUUUUUUAUUUAAUUUUUUUUUAAAUAAUUGAUUAGAAAAAAAUCCCUUCCUUUUCCCGUUUGGCAGUGCGUCGCCCAUAUCGCCCUAUUGAACAAGCCGUCCCUGGCCAGGAGGCUAAGCAUGGGAAACUAUUCUACUAGCUAGCUAGCUAGCUACUAGCUAAUGUUAAGCAAGCAACUCUUCAUGCAUCUACCAUAUUACACUCUUAAUUACUGCAACAAAACACUCUUGAAUAAUGCAGCAAUUCACAAGCAUGUGCAGAUAAUUAAAGGGUUUAUUUUCUCAUCUGUACACUCAUUACAUUUGAGCUUCAAGACAAAAGCACAGAGUUACUGCUAGCACAAGCUAACACCAUGUCUUCAUCAAGUAAUGUUAGCCUAUCAAAAAUGAACGAUUACCCCUGUAAUACGAAUAAAAAAGUACAGUAGGCCUACCUUUCAACAUUACAACAAACCAUGCUUCAUUUUUAUGAAUAUCAUGCAAAUCAUUAGGCUACAUGUGGUAAAAACUAAUUGGGUAUUCACCAGGGAGUUGAGCUGUUUUUUAAAUAAAUAAAUAAAUAUAUAUAUAUAUAUAUAUAUAUAUAUAGAAACCCAUUCCCACCACCCAAAAAUAAUAUGCAUAUAGAUCGUACAGGUUAUGUUUUUUAAUUUGCAGCAUUGUGUGGCAAUUUCCUUCUAUCCAUGUAGCAGAGAUCAGCACAGCAGGGCCGCCGGCAGACGUGUGGCGAGCUGGCAUUUGCCCCAGCAAUUUCUUUUUUGUUUAAUAAAAAAUAUUGACAGAAAAGCAUUGAAAAGAAGGACAAAGUACUGUUGUUUAGACUGAUUCGCCUCAUGAUUUGUUUGACAGGAUUUUAAUGUUCUCAUCCUUCUUAUGGCCAGGAGUUUUCCCAUACGUUUUUUAAAAUUUAAUUUUCACCAUAUGACCUGAUUAUUUAAAAACUCAGGUCCCAUCAUAGCCCAUAUAAAACCGUUUUUUUUUUGUUAUUGCAGCUGCUGAAUUAUUACUAUGUCAUACCUGGAGUUUACCUGGUUAGGUUAGCCUACCAGAUCAGGAGAAACUCUGGUUCCCAGGAAAACAAUGUCCCCCCCACCACUCAGGAACCUGUGGUGCCAACUCUGAAAUCACCACACAAUGUUACAAAUGAAAAAACAUUCUAUUUGUAUGAUCUACUAUCUCAAAAUAGUUGACUUGCGUUGUUUCACUUCCUUAUCUCAAAAUGUUGACUUGCAUACGUCAACAUUUUAAGAUGGUAUCAACAUGUUUUUAAAGAAAUGUUGGUGGGAAUGGGCUUCCAUAGUUUUCCGUGGCUCAGUGCAGCUCUCAGGCGACAGCUACUGUGCCAAUUUCAGACUGUAACAGACCAUUUCAAGUAAAACCUCAAUAAAACAAGUCUGAAAUAUAAGGAAAAUGGCUAUACAUUUCAGCAGUUUCAAAAACAUUGCUCUGCUAUUACCAUUUAUACUGUAGGAGUGUUGAGCUCAACGAGACAAUUCUGUUCACACUCGGAGCGGGGCAAGUGUUGUGCGCGACCUCCGGAAGUAGCCUAGCGCUCGAGAGGUGAUCAUUUCACAAGUUUACACAACAGUAUUGUCUCUCGAGUAUCGAUACCUUUCGAGAACCUCUCAAAUGUCCCUUUGCUAUCGUCAAUGUGAAAACGGCCAAUGUCAUCUGUGAAGCUAGAUGCCAUUAAAUCAGUUGCAGCCUGGUCAGGGGUCCUACCACCAUUUCCUCCUCUCCUCAUUGUGUGUUAAUGCCACUGGAUAUGUAGAUAGGUGUGAAUGUGCUUAAUUGCCCUCACUCAUCCUGACUCUGACAUGCUCAUAUGGUUCCCAGGGGUUGCUUUUAUAGAAUUACAGGAGAUAAGGAUGAUAUUGUUUGAAAAUGUUCAUGAUUCAAUGUCACGAAUUUUGAGUUUAUGAUUUCCUUUGCGAAAGGAAACAAGUGGAACGGAAAACAUUGUAAAAGCACUGGCAGGUCCUUCUUUUGAAGUCAUUGCCUAAUGCCAUCUGUUGCUGUUGUGAUUGUUGUUUAUAUUGCUAUUUAUAUCACCGUUCUCCUUUGAUCAGUGUUAUUUCCUGGAGAUGCUUACUGUCAGUAAGUACAAUGACACAACCCCACACUAUCACAGGUUGGGAUGAGAGAGAUGCCUCCUGCUGUGUGUGUGCAACAUGCGUAGUAAUAUUGUUGAGGAAGCGCAAAGUUCUUAUUUUUCAUGGAAUCUUUGAUCUCAGUCUGAAGUCUGGAGACAAAUAGCUAUUGUAUAGCUACACCCUUGUAGUCCGUAUUGACCUAGAAUUUUAAGUAAUCCAUUUUUUCCCCAGUAGCUGUGUUUAUUGUUAGGUUGAUGAGCCAUGUUGCUGUCCAGGCUAUGUCAUUAGCCACAUCCAGAGGUGGUGAUGAUGGCUGGAACACAUUUUCCCACCGGUCAAAAACUUCCUACAGGAAGGCCAAAAAAAUUUACCUAGCUAGUUGACUUAUAUGUUUUGCAUUGGUCUUGAUUUCCUGUUGCAGGGCUGUGGAGGAGGCGGACCAGGCCCCGUCGAAGAAAGGCCUGAAGAAACAGCAGAAGGAAGCAGAGAAAGUGGCAAAGAAGGCUGAGAAGCAGGCCAAGCUGGUCAGUAAUCCUCUCUGCCCCUCACAGCUAUUGACGUGACACAAUCGGGCGGGGCAGGGGUGGGGGGGGUUGUGGUCCAUUGUUUUGCGAUUCCUGUCGUUGUUGGUUCAUUUUUGUCCACUCAAACAAAGAGCAAUUUUCUUAAAAGUUGGGUAUCAUUGUUGCAUCGUAAGCAAGUGGGAGAAAGUUGAAAGGUGUAUGAAGAAUGGUAUUUUUGGUGGGUCAUUUUCAUUCUCUCAUUAGGGACAAUCUCAGUUCAGAUCCUUCAAAGUAGUCACCCUUUCCUUGAUGACAGCUUUGCACACUCUUGGCAUUCUCUCAACCAGCUUGAUGAGGUAGUCACCUGGAAUGCAUUUCAAUUGACAUGUGUGCCUUGUUAAAAGUUAAUUUGUGGAAUUUCUUUCCUUCUUAAUGCGUAUGAUCCAAUCAGUUGUGUUGUGACAAGGUAGGGGUGGUAUACAGAAGAUAGCCCUAUUUGGUAAAAGACCAAGUCCAUAUUAUGGCAAGAACAGCUCAAAUAAGCAAAGAGAAACAACAGUCCAUCAUUACUUUAAGACAUGAAGGUCAGUCAAUACGGAAAAUGUCAAGACCUUUGAAAGUUUCUUCAAGUGCAGUCGCAAAAACCUUCAAGCGCUAUGAUGAAACUGGCUCUCAUGAGGACCGCCACAGGAAAGGAAGACCCAGAGUUACCUCUGCUGCAGAGGAUAAGUUAAUUAGAGUUAACUGCACCUCAGAUUGCAGCCCAAAUAAAUGCUUCACAGAGUUCAAGUAACAGACACAUCUCAACAUCUGCGUGAAUCAGGCCUUCAUGAUCGAAUUGCUGCAAAGAAACCACUACUAAAGGACACCAAUAAGAAGAAGAGAUUUGCUUGGGCCAAGAAACAUGAGCAAUGGACAUUAGACUGGUGGAAAUCUGUCCUUUGGUCUGAUGAGUCCAAAUUUGAGAUUUUUGGUUCCAACCGCGGUGUCUUUGUGAGACGCAGAGUAGGUGAACGGAUGAUCUCCGCAUGUGUGGCUCCCACCGUGAAGCAUGGAGGAGGAGGUGUGAUGGUGUGGGGGUGCUUUGCUGGUGACACUCAGUGAUUUAUUUAGAAUUCAAGGCACACUAAACCAGCAUGGCUAGCACAGCAUUCUGCAGCGAUACGCCAUCCCAUCUGGUUUGGCCUUAGUGGGACUAUCAUUUGUUUUUCAACAGGACAAUGACCCAACACACCUCCAGGCUGUGUAAGGGCUAUUUUACCAAGGAGAGUGAUGGAGUGCUGCAUCAGAUGACCUGGUCUCCACAAUCACCUGACCUCAACUCAAUUGAGAUGGUUUGAGAUGAGUUGGACCGCAGAGUGAAGGAAAAGCAGCCAACAAGUGCUCAGCAUAUGUGGGAAGUCCUUCAAGACUGUUGGAAAAUAAUUCCAGGUAAAGCUGGCUGAGAGAAUGCCAAGAGUGUGCAAAGCUGUCAUCAAGGCAAAAGUUGGCUAUUUGAAGAAUCUCAAAUAUAAAAUAUAUUUUGAUUUGUUUAACUCUUUUUUUGGUUACUACAUGAUUCCAUAUGUGUUAUUUCAAAGUUUUGAUGUCUUCAUUAUUAUUCUACAAUGUAGAAAAUAGUAAAAAAUUAUAGAAAAACCCUUGAAUGAGUAGGUGUGUCCAAACUUUUGACUGGUACUAUAUAUAUACAGUUGAAGUCGGAAGUUUACAUACACCUUAGCCAAAUACAUUUAAACUCAGUUUUUCAGAAUUCCUGUAAUUUAAUCCUAGAAAAAUGCCCCGUCUUAGGUCAGUUAGGAUCACCACUUUAUUUUAAGGAUGUGACAUUUCUGAAUAAUGGUAGAGAGAAUUAUUUAUUUAAGCUUUUAUUUCUUUCAUCACAUUCCAAGUGGGUCAGACGUUUACAUACACCCAAUUAGUAUUUGGUAGCAUUGCCUUUAAAUUGUUUAACUUGGGUCAAACGUUUCGGGUAGCCUUCCACAAGCUUCCCACAAUAAGUUGGGUGAAUUUUGGCCCAUUCCUCCUGACAGAGCUGGUGUAACUGAGUCAGGUUUGUAGGCCUCCUUGCUCGCACACGCUUUUUCAGUUCUGCCCACACAUUUUCUAUAGGAUUGAGGUCAGGGCUUUGUGAUGGCCACUCCAAUACCAUGACUUUGUUGUCCUUAAGCCAUUUUGCCACAACUUUGGAAGUAUGCUUGGGGUCAUUGUCCAUUUGGAUGACCCAUUUGCGACCAAGCUUUAUCUUCCUGACUGAUGUCUUGAGAUGUUGCUUCAAGAUAUCCACAUCAUUUUCCUUCCUCAUGAUGCCAUCUAUUUUGUGAAGUGCACCAGUCCCUCCUGCAGCAAAGCACCCCCACAGCAUGAUGCUGCCACCCCCGUGCUUCACGGUUGGGAUGGUGUUCUUCGGCUUGCAAGGUUCCCCCUUUUUCCUCCAAACAUAAAGAUGGUCAUUAUGGCCAAACAGUUCUAUUUUUGUUUCAUCAGACCAGAGGACAUUUCUCCAAAAAGUACGAUCUUUGUCCCCGUGUGCAGUUGCAAACCGUAGUCUGGCUUUUUUUAUGGCGGUUUUGGAGCAGUGGCUUCUUCCUUGCUGAGCAGCCUUUCAGGUUAUGUCGAUAUAGGACUCGUUCUUACGUGGAUAUAGUUACUUUUGUACCUGUUUCCUCCAGCAUCUUCACAAUGUAAUUUGCUGUUGUUCUGGGAUUGAUUUGCACUUUUUGCUCCAAAGUACGUUCAUGUCUAGGAGACAGAACGCGUCUCUUUCCUGAGCGGUAUGACGGCUGCAUGGUCCCAUGGUGUUUAUACUUGCGUACUAUUGUUUGUACAGAUGAACGUGGUACCUUCAGGCGUUUGGAAAUUGCUCCCAUGGAUGAACCAGACUUGUGGAGGUCUACACAUUUUUUUUCUGAGGUCUUGGCUGAUUUCUUUUGAUUUUCCCAUGAUGUCAAGCAAAGAGGCACUGAGUUUGAAGGUAGGCCUUGAAAUACAUCCACAGGUACACCUCCAAUUGACUCAAAUUAUGUCAAUUAGCCUAUCAGAAGCUUCUAAAGCCAUGACAUCACUUUCUGGAAUUUUCCAAGCUGUUUAAAGGCACAGUCAACUUAGUGUGUGUAAACCUCUGACCCACUGGAAUUGUGAUACAGUGAAUUAUAAGUGAAAUAAUCUGUCUGUAAACAAUUGUUGGAAUGAUUACUUGUGUCGUGCACAAAGUAGAUGUCCUAACCGACUUGCCAAAACUAUAGUUUCUUAACAAGAAAUGUGUGGAGUGGUUGAAAAACAAGUUUUAAUGACUCUAACCUAAGUGUAUGUAAACUUCCGACUUCAACUGUAUAUAUAUAUACACUACCGUUCAGAAUUCUGGGGUCACUUCGAAAUUUCCUUGUUUUAGAAAGAAAAGCCAUUUUUUUUGUCCAUUAAAAUAACAUCAAAUUGAUCAGAAAUACAGUGUAGACGUUGUUAAUGUUGUAAAUGCUAUUUUAGCUGGAAACUGCUGAUUUUUAAUGGAAUAUCUACAUAGGCGUACAGAGGCCCAUUAUCAGCAACAAUCAGUCCUGUGUUCCAAUGGCACGUUGUUUGCUAAUCCAAGUUCAUCAUUUUAAAAGGCUAAUUGAUCAUUAGAAAACCCUUUUGCAAUUAUGUUAGCACAGCUGAAAACUGUUGUGCUGAUUAAAGGAGCAAUAAAACUGGCCUUCUUGAGACUAGAUGAGUAUCUGGAGCAUCGGCAAUUGUGGGUUCGAUUACAGGCUCAAAAUGGCCAGAAACAAAUAACUUUCUUCUGAAACUCGUCAGUCUAUUCUUGAUCUGAGAAAUGAAGGCUAUUCCAUGCGAGAAAUUGCCAAGAAACUGAAGAUCUCGUACAACGCUGUGUACUACUCCCUUUACAGAACAGUGCAAACUGGCUCUAACCAGAAUAGAAAGAUGAGUGGAAGGCCCCGGUGCAUAACUGAGCAUACAUUAGAGUGUCUAGUUUGAGAAACAGACACCUCACAGGUCCUCAACUGGCAGCUUCGUUAAAUAGUACCCGCAAAACACCAGUCUCAACUUCAACAGUGAAGGGGCGACUGGGAUGCUGAUCUUCUAGGCAGAGUUGCAAAGAAAAAGCCAUAUCUCAGACUGGCCAAUAAAAAUAAAAGAUUGGUAAAAGAACACAGACACUGGACAGAGGAAGAUUGGAAAAAAGUGUUAUGAACAGACGAAUCGAAGUUUGAGGUGUUCGGAUCACAAAGAAGAACAUCUGUGAGACGCAGACCAAAUGAAAAGAUGCUGGACGCAUGCUUGAUGCCAUCUGUCAAGCAUGGUGGAGGCAAUGUGAUGGUCUGGGGGUGCUUUGGUGGUGGUAAAGUGGGAUAUUUGUACAGGGUAAAAGGGAUCUUGAAGAAGGAAGGCUAUCGCUCCAUUUUGCAACGCCAUGCCAUACCUUGUGGACGGCGCUUGAUUGGAGCCAAUUUCCUCCUACAACAGGACAAUGACCCAAAGCACAGCUCCAAACUAUGCAAUAACUAUUUAUGGAAGAAGCAGUCAGCUGGUAUUCUGUCUAUAAUGGAGUGGCCAGCACAGUCACCGGAUCUCAACCCUAUUGAGCUGUUGUGGGAGCAGCUUGACCGUAUGGUACGUAAGAAGUGCCCAUCAAGCCAAUCCAACUUGUGGGAGGUGCUUCAGGAAGCAUGGGGUGAAGUCUCUUCAGAUUACCUCAACAGAUUGACAACUAGAAUGCCAAAGGCCUGCAAGGCUGUAAUUGCUGCAAAUGGAGGAUUCUUUGUUGAAAGCAAAGUUUGAAGGACACAAUUAUUAUUUCAAUAAAAAAUCAUUAUUUCUAACCAUUUCGCUAUAUUUCCUAUUCAAACUAAUUUAAUGUAUGUUUUCAUGUAAUUUGGCUGAAAAUAAAAUUGAAUCGAGUAGUCAUGAGUGCAAACGAUUUGGUUUAAUUUGAAGGAACAGCAUUUUCCGACAUGACUUCGGCUUUUCUUAUGAAUUAGGAUCGGUUUUAUGUAAUUACUUGAAAAAUGUAAAAGUGAGGUGUAACUUUGCAUUGUGACUUUUGAUCCGUAUACUAAUGCAAAUCCAUAUGUUAUGUUUAUGCUACCUACCCUUUAAGAUCAUAGUGACAAUUUACAACUUAUAUUGGUUGCAAAGCCACCGCUUGCUCCUCAUCUCCCUACAGUGCAGUGGCGCGCAUCAGUUAUUUCAGAUGGUGUCAACCACCGCUGCUGAAAAAUAUCCUAGGGGAAACACUUAAAGUAGCCUAUAUUUCAGAUGGAAUAUGCUUUCCCUUGGAUCUUAGAAACUGUAAAAGCAUCCAUCCAGUUCCAUGGCCAUGCCAUUCACUCUCCCUCUAUUCCACCAGCCAAUACCGUAGACAUAUCAAUUUGCAUGGGAAAUUAAAUGGUAGCCUAACUGUUAAUACUAAUGCUCAUAGUUUGGAGAUUUUGCAUAAAAAGGUAACCAAGAAGUCGUUGCACAGAUAAUAUCAGUCCACUUGCUGUUCCUAAUACAAGGCAGUUUACCAUGAUUUAAAUGCAAUGUUAGGCCUAUGUCCCACUGUAUUGAUUUGCCUCUUCUUUUCAGGCUGCUGACCAACAUAGCACAGAUGACGAUGUAAGUAUCCAGGAGGAUCAAUUCAAAUUCAGUUAGCUUCAGAUAUUAAGUAUUUAUUUACACCUUUUUCUAUAUGGUGCAAUACCAAAGGAAAAUGGAAAUGAAUGCACCUCUAGUGAUGUUUCCUAUAAAGCUACUGUAUUUGAAUGCUUAGCAGAUUAAUGCUUCUCUUAUUCAUCAGGAUUUUGCCAAGGAUCGGUACGGUGUCCCCCCGAUGGUACAGUCCCAGCAGAAACUGGGUCAGUAGUACAGUCAACAACUACCUCCUCUCUUCUUUGUUCCAACAACAUGUUCCAUUUCAGCAGCCACUAAUGUUAAGGAAUAUAGAUAACGUGAUUAUAUCUGAGUGACUCUUUGACAUGGUGGCAGUAGUAGAGACGGCGUAGAUAUCAAAGAUGAUUGUGGCGUGCCAUAACUCCCAGAUAAACGUGACCGAGACAGAUGGGUCGUCUGCCUGCUCGUUCAGCUCCAAUGGCAGAGAACAAAGUUGCCGUCUCACCUGCAUGCCUGUCCACUGGGAUGAGGAAAGCAGGAGAGAGACAGCCUGCCUUUCAUGUGGGUGGAAUCAGGUUCAGCCAAAUGGGCGGCUCACUGCUGUCGGGGCGCAUGAGGCCGCUCUCUGUCUCCACUAGCCGAUCAUAAUAACGUUAAGCAUGCCUCAGUGACACAGGGCAAAAUAUAGUCCAUUUGUCAGAAGACAGAGAAUGGGGCGACUUCUACGCAGGGCCCCGUAGUGUUUCAUAUUUAUGACUUCUGUUCUCCUUGUAAUAUGAGGGUCGUUCCACGAAUAGAGUGCCCUUUGCGUCCCUUAGAUAUUUUAAGGAGAAAUUGCACACCAACAUUGAAUUUUAAAAGCCUUUUAUAUUAAAUGAAGUGCCCUUUUAAUAUAGACCAAAUGGAUAAUUUAAUCAAUCCAUGUUUUAAAUGAAUAAAGGCUUGCUAAAGUGCCAAAAUGUUGCAUUUUCAACCCUGUGUCACUUCGAGGAGGAUUUCAACCCACUUAAUCCCAAAAUGUCUUCAAAUUUCACCAUCAUUGUAAAGCCCUAGUUUUUUAGUUGCUUUGACACUCAUUUCUAAAGAUUAUUAUUUUAUUUAAUGUGAUUAGUGAUUCAUUUACGUCUGUCCCUCAUUUUAAGGUCACCCUGUUACGUGAACUGAACUCGCGUUUAUAAUGGUGAAACUAUUCCUUUUUAAAUAUGUAUUUCAAAAGGACCAUUGAACAUCUAAUAUUCAAAUCAUAGUGUAAAAGCAGGUGAAAUGGUUCUACUCUUUUUUGCAGUUUUGUGGUGGAAAACGGAAUGGGUCGAGCAUAACAAAGUUUUAGCAUGACAUUUUUUAGGUGAAGCUUACAUUCAAUUGCCGCUCCUUGUAGCAUACAACAAGUUUCCAUUCCCCCUGUCGAGGGAUUUAUGGCUGUUACUUUAUUUGGCACUUAGGCCUACUAUAUAUAUAUAUAUAUAUAUUUAUUUAUUUUAUUUACCUCUUGAGAUGGGAAAAUUUGUUUUUAUGAAGUUGAAUAUGUGCUCUUUAAGACAGAAUGUUAAAAUGAGGUGAAAUCAAACAUUUUUGUUUUCUUACCAAGUUACGCUUCUCAAAAGGCACCGAAUUGGUGGACGCCCCAUGAGCUUCUUUGUGUGAAUGUGUGUGUGGGUAGAGGGGGAGGGAGGUAUAUGGUCUUUUGAAGUUUUAUUGAAAGGCACACUUUUCUUCCCCUGUGAGCCAGACAGAGGGUUGGUGCGUGUCCAGGAGCUGACACCUGAGAAGGCUGGCCGGCUGAUCUGGGUGCGCGCCAGGAUUCACACCAGCAGAGCUAAAGGUGAGAGUCUCCAUCUUUGUCCAGCUCCAUAUCAUUCAUCUUUUCCCUUUAGUCCUCAGGACACAGCCAGGCUUCUAAUCUGAACGGCGCCGUAACUGAACCUUUGGGUUUCCAAAAAGAUUACCAACUGUCCUUGGGCCAAAUAGUCACUAUUCAGAGAAGAGCUUCAUUUUUAUCAGUCAACUCUCCUCAGGUUGUCAGAUAUGGAAGGUCAAAAAGCUAAAAGAGUUGUGCACAAUCUUGGAAAAUCACAGUAUGAAACCAGACUUUAGUUUUUUACCUUAUUUGCGGGUGAUGUGGGACAUAGGGGAUGGGGGUCGCAGAGCGCUAUGUUUUUUCUAUUAUAGAUUCAUUGCACAGGCACAUGCAAGUUCCUAUUUGAAAAGUUUGAAAACUCAGACCGAAGCUCAGUUACUUAAAUGGCACCUCAAACAUGGAUUAAAUUGUUAUUUUCCAAACUUGUCAGAACUUGAGGCUAUAAUACAAUGAACUCAUUGAAUCUUGUAUAACUGUCGGAUCCCAUCCAAAACUAUUAGAAACGUCGAGCACGUACACAUCUGUGCUAACAAUAUGCUAAUAAAUAAACCAUCUGAUUAUGUUGAUAUUGCGACGGCUUCCUUCCAGGACAACUUCCGUGUCAAAAGCCAUUUUCCUCCCCCUCCGUUCCUUCAUUCAGCUCCACAGUGAAGGAUGUCCUUAAGAGCAGAAUAACAUCCUGGUUUACACUGGGAUGAAGUGACUGUUUUUUUUGCGAUUGCAGCACUCCUCUCACCCCCCCCAGUCAAUGAACAGAGGAAGCCACAUCAAAGCACUUGGGUGGUGUCUGAUGUUGGCAUGAUGGUUGACAAACCUGGUUUACACAGUCUCUCAAGGUGUUUGGUUGGGAAUUAGCUCUCAGCCUCCCUCCAUACACCUUUCUUCAAAGGGUCGUCCGUUCACGGUUCUGACAGUUACCUGGAAAUGCUGUGAAAAGCGUUUCAAUGGGUGAGAGGUGGGGAUCUGAAGCAGGUAUGACCUCUGCCCUGUUGGCCUGAGAUAGAGACAUGGCAUUUUAUAGAACCACCAUGGCACCUGUUUUGACAAGUGCAAUAGGUGUUGUAGCCCAAAUGAGAGGGCCCCUGCUGAUGCCUAUUGUAUGGUUGUCAUCGUUUUAGGGAAGCAGUGCUUCUUGGUCCUGCGUCAGCAGCAGUUUAACGUGCAGGCCCUGGUUGCCGUGGGGGAGCGUGCCAGCAAGCAGAUGGUGAAGUUUGCUGCCAAGUGAGUACAAGACUGCAUUUCCUGUAGGCCCCCGACAAACAAUGGUGGGAAAAGCUGGCUCCUAAUGGGCCCAAUCCAUUUUCACACAUUCUGAAGGAAUCAAUAAUUUUUCACCUCAUGACAAAAGUGGGAUACAGCAGUGUUUAAUGGAGCCAUUCCUGCCCAGAUAAGAGUAAAUACAGUAGAUCAGAUGGGAAGAGCCUGAGCAUCAUUAAUCACUCUUGGGUCCUCCAAUUUGGAAUUUCUUUUGGGGGGGGGGGGGGUCUGAAAGUUUAUGAUCUCUAUGGGUCUGAAAGUUUAUUGUUUACCAGUUUAUUGUUUACCAUUUAAAAUGUAUUCACUUUUAAUGUGGCAUUAACGUAACCACUCAUGCUGUUUUCAUCUGAUUACCAAACAAUCACUUCAAACUAACAAAACACCCAUAAGUUUAAUGAAUGACAUUCAGUGAUUUCCUACACCUGUAACCUGAAUUGAUGCGUCCACUGUCGGCGCGUCUGUCUCAGCCACUCAUCUCUGCCUUUGCAAAAUGUCACUGUUAUCGUCGAACCACACCGCAUUCUGAGCGUAUUCCACAUUAUUUCAAGUCCCUUCAUAAAUGUUUCAGGCGGGUGACUUGCGGUAAUGAUAAAUAAUAGUGUAAGGGCCUACAGUUUUCUUGGCAUUUUUGUUUUAAUUAUUGUGAUAGGCUCACGUUCAACCGGUACGGCAUACCCCUACUAAUUAUUUUCCCGGGACUCCUGUACCGGACCCUACCGGUUUACUUUCACCUAUGGGUCAGACUCAACUUAGUCUGCUACUGGAAAAGCAUAACAACAAGAGGAUACUGUACUUUUCCAAGCCAAGUAUGUCAAAUAUGUUCUAAUCUCUUUAAGUUUACAUGAUUACACUUAAUUAAUUACUCUUAAACACUUCAAUGAAAAAGAUGAACGAAGUGUAAACGGAAGGACUACUAACUGUAAGUCGCUCUGGAUAAGAGCGUCUGCUAAAUGACUCAAAUGUAAAUGGAAGGACUGUACAGGCCCAACACCACUUAUUUUAUGAUCAGUAAGUCAGUCCAAUAUGCUUGGAAAGUGGAAACGUCACAAACAUCAAAAAGUUAACAUUACUGGAGACGUUUUGGUGGUGACUAAUUAACGGUAAAUAAGUUAAUUGUUCCGCCCCACUGUUAAAGUUGACUACAGUUAGUUAGCAAUCACUCCUACACUUUAUUGCUAGCUACAGUAGUGCUUCCGUGUCAAAAACAUGUCUCCAAAAAUGACAGUGUCUCCAGUAGUUUACGUUUAGCGAUUGCGACGCAAUGCCAAGAUUGUGCAAAGCUGUCAUCAAGGCAAAAGGUGGCUAUUUGAAGAAUCUCAAAUAUAAAACACUUUUUUGGUUACUACAUGAUUCCAUAUCUGUUAUUUCAUAGUUUUGAUGUCUUCACUAUUAUUCUACAAUGUAGAAAAUAGUAACAAUAAAGAAAAACCCUUGAAUGAGUAGGUGUGUCCAGACUUUUGACUGGUAGUGUAGGUUCAGGAUGGCAGGAAGCUUGGCCCCAGUGAUGUACUGGGCCGUACGCACUACCUUCUGUAGCGCCUUACGGUCAUAUGCCGAGCAGUUGCCAUACCAGGUGGUGAUGCAACAGGUCAGGAUGCUCUUGAUGGUGCAGCUGUAGAACUCUUUGAAGAUCUGGGGACCCAUGCCAAAUCUUUUCAGUCUCUUGAGGGGGAAAAGGUGUUGUCGUACCCUCUUCACGACUGUCUUGGUGUGUUUGGACCAUGAUAGUUCGUUGGUAAUGUGGACCCGCUCCACUACAGCCCGUCAAAGUUAAUCGGGGCCUGUUCGGACCUCCUUUUCCUGUAAUCCACGAUCAGCUCCUUUGUCAUGCUCACAUUGAGGGAAAGGUUCUUGUCCUGGCACCACCCUGCCAGGUCUCUGACAUCCUCCCUAUAGGCUGUCUCAUCGUUGUUGGUGAUCAGUCCUACCACUGUUGUGUCGUCAGCAAACUUAAUGAUGGUGUUGGAGUCUUGCUUGGCCACGCAGUCGUGAGUGAACAGGGAGUACAGGAUGGGACUAAGCACGCACCCCUGAGGGGCCCCAGUGUUGAAGAUCAGCGUGGCAGAUGUGUUGUUGCCUACCCUUACCACCUGGGGGUGGCCCGUCAGGAAGUCCAGGAUCCAGUUGCAGAGGGAGGUGUUUAGUCCCAGGGUCCUUACCUUAGUGAUGAGCUUUGAGGGCAUUAUGGUGUUGAACGCUGAGCUGUAGUCAAUGAACAGCAUUCUCACAUAGGUGUUCCUUUUGUCCAGGUGGGAAAGGGCAGUGUGGAGUGCGAUUGAGAUUAUGUCUUCUGUGGAUCUGUUGGGGCGGUAUGCGAAUUGGAGUGGGUCUAGGGUUUCCGGGAUGAUGGUGUUGAUGUGAGCCAUGACCAGCCUUUGCAGACGAGCUAAAUGCCUUUUAUGCUCACUUCGAGGCAAGCAACACUGAAGCAUGCGUGAGAGCACCAGCUGUUCCGGACGACUAUGUGAUCACGCUCUCCGUAGCCGAUGUGAGCAAGACCUUUAAACAGGUCAACAUUCACAAAGCCGCGGGGCCAGACGGAUUACCAGGACGUGUACUCAAAGUAUGCACGGACCAACUGGCAAGUAACUUCACUGACAUUUUCAACCUCUCCCUGACCGAGUCUGUAAUACCUACAUGUUUCAAGCAGACCACCAUAGUCCCUGUGCCCAAGAAAGUGAAGGUAACCUGCCUAAAUGAUUACCGCCCUGUAGCACUCACGUCGGUAGCCAUGAAGUGCUUUGAAACACACCCCAUGGACAUGACGCUAGUCUAGGUAAUCAAAAGUCUUACUUGUAUGACUUACUCAUAUUAGUUGAUGGGCAGUGUUCAUUGUCCCCGGGCAGGCUGGCCAGGUGUUGGAGGGAGGAGGUUAUUAAUGUGGGCGUUAUUUGUCUAGCUGAUCCCCCAUAGUGUGAAAUGUCUGACUGAGGCAGCUGCAGUGGACUGACUGGGUUCACCAUUCACAACUCUCUUGUCUCUCAUUACUGCUUUUUAAUGAGAAGAGGGGAAGGAUUACACUGGGCUUGCUCCAUCUGGCCCCAUGCUAUGUGUUGGUUUUGACAGUUCUUCAUAUUUCUAUGAGGCUCUCCUGGGGGCUAGGACAGUGGGAUAGGAGAGCAGUGGCCUGCGCUGGUAGUCACUCAACAUGUCUUUAAGAGGAUUGUUUAACCUCUGUCUUAUUGUUGUGUGGCCACUGGUGUUUUACUGUAGUUCAUAUCUGUGAUGUUUGGUUUUUACACGUUGUCACAAUCGGCUGAUUAAAUCAAAAGAAAAUAGGAAUGUCUGACACAAUGGUAACCGUGGCUCAAAACAACAUCAUCCUGUGACAUUUUGCCUAUGGAAGAGUAGCAUCAGGUGAAUUUAUGUAGCCUAGAGUGUUAUAAUAUUUGUAUUUUGUUUCUUUAUAUCGUGGUUACCAACUGCACAACAAACCCCCCACCAAUUUUAUCAGAUCAUGAAAAGCUUCUGUGACUGUGUGAAUCAGGGUUUGGAAUGGAGACGUUCAGUUCUCAGAUAGCCUCCCAUUCGUUUGACUUCAAUUGAUCUGUGUAGACUGCUAAGCGCUGUGCCUCUUUACCCCCCCCCCAUCUGCAGCAUCAACAAGGAGAGCAUCGUUGAUGUGGAGGCGGUGGUGAGGAAGGUGGAGCAGAAGAUUGAGAGCUGCUCUCAGCAGGAUGUGGAGCUGCACAUUGAGAGGGUAGGUCAGUCUUCUGCUCUGUUUGACCACACCACAGACAGACAGACAGGAAGGACAGCCGUGAAUCAGAGGAACUACUGGUUCAAAGAUAUCAGUCUACGACUUCCUUUGAGUGCUUUCUCUUUUUGGAAUUGUGGUACUUUCCAUUCUGCCUAGCAGUUGAACCUGGAAAGUACUUUGAGUUUAGAGGUACUUUCUAACUGUGAAUCUAUUUCAACCAACGUCUCCCUUCUAAAAACAAAUCUCACCUUCUUUUACUGUUUUAGAUUUUUGUGAUCAGCCAGGCCGAGCCUCGUCUGCCCCUGCAGCUGGAGGAUUGCGUGAGACCGGAAGGAGAGGGGGAUGAGGUGAGGAUGAGGGCCUUGGCUCCUGGGCCUCGCACAGGCAGCUUUCUGUUGCUGAUCAAAGGUCAAACUCAUUUCAUCCAGAGAACUUCCUCCGUCCUGAUGCUGGGUGAAAAAUACAUGACUGCGUUCCCACACUCAAGGCCUGCCACUGUUGUUUUUGAAUAGUAUUGGUUCUAUACUGUCACGUUGUCAGUCAGUGUCUGUGUUAAGGGUGAUCUCUCCAGUGUGGUUCAGAGACAGCUGAAGUGUGUCUGUGUUUAUGCAGUAAGCCAGCCCCAGCGGCAGUUGUGUCUAGGGUGUUGCCUGUGGGGAGUCUUUCUGUCAGUUACAGCACCUACCGUUGGGGAGGAGGCUAUAACUGACUGGUCUCUCUUUCAUGUUCUGACUCAAUAUGAGCAGGAUGUGUGGAGCUUUCUCACAGCCUGUUUUAACCCCAUGGGAGCGCCAUGGAAGCCUGACAACCUUUGGCAUACUGUGAUGUAACAUUUAGGAGCUUUGGUGCUCUUUUACUGUUUGUAAAUUAGUUGUAUUAGUUUAAUAAAAAACAGGUUUAUAAGAUUUAAGAAUAGAACGGGAUAGUGGUUCAUUUCCAGGGGAGGAAAUAAACAAACAUUAGAACACAUAUAGAUCAUGUUACACAUCAUAUUUCAAUGUCGUACUGUGUUUUCACACUUGUCCAAUAGCUUGUUCCGAUGUACUUCAGAUGUGUUUAAUACUUAAAUGUUUUGUAAUGUGGUCAAAUGAUGUUUGUGUUAUGGUUAUGCGUUUACUCAGGAUGGAAGAGCGACGGUCAACCAGGACACCAGACUGGACAACCGAGUCAUUGAUCUCAGGGUAAGUUCUACUACACUAUCACACUUCAACCAGUGUUAAAUUCCACCAAAAAGAAAUGAGUUAUUCUAGAUUCAAAUUGGGUUUGAAGACGCUACAUUUGUAUCAAAAAAUAUUGUGAUGAUGAAAAAUGAUAAGAUGGGCAGUCCUGCCAUUUUGACAGAAUCGUAUCUAUCCCUUUUUGCAGUCCCGUGAGUUAGCCUGCUGGUAGAGUGGAGUAUAGAACUGCAGGAGUUCAGAGGUUAACGGAGAGGUGGUCCUAAACCAGACUCUGCUAGAGGCCUCAUUGUUCUGCUCUGUUCUGAAGCGCACCCACACUAGUGAUGUGGCAGCAGUAGCAGGAAAACAGCCCUAGUGCUCGCCUCACCCUGGCUUUGUCACAACACCUGUUUCUACACAAUGUCUCUUUGAGCUUGAGGACUUGGGCCUGUUAUCACAACCACACUUAAAUGAAGAGUAAACCCAUAAACAGGGUUUCACACAGACAGACCCCUAUCCUUAACCCCAGUCAACAAUAAAGGGCAACCAUAAUGAAAAGGUUCCUAACAACCGAGCACUGUUUUAGUGAAAAUGAAAGGAUUUUUUCACAAAUAACUUCGCUUUUUCACAGUGUACAGGCUAGCCAUUUUGUUGAAAAUAAAUGAUUGAUGCUCUCUAGGGAAAUACAGUACUAUCCGUUAGGCACAAUAUGAGUGGUGGUGGUGGCGUGUGACCAAAACCACAAGCCAUGGGCCGUUACACGCUAUUGUUUUGGGAGCUUGCAUGUCAACGAGAGUGACGCACUAAGAGUUAUUCCGCUCUCGCUCUGUUUUAUUACCCCCCCCCCCCCCCCCUCCCAGUAGAGAGAAGUGUUUUGCACAGGAGUUAUGUUACACAUUUUUAUAUGUCUGUUUCUAAUCAGGCUUUCAUGGCAGUUUGGUUAGCUCACUAGGUAUUUGCUUAGCAAUUUUAUCUAGUGUUAUCCAGAAGUGGCAGUUAUUCAUCAGAGCAGGAGUUAUUUUCCAACCACAGUCAACUAUAGGCUACAUAUCAGUUGACCAUUUCUACCAGGGUCUUCUGGACCAGAGUCAUUGUCUGCAGAUUCAUUCUCUGACAAUGAGAGAGUCCGAAAACUCCCAUUCAGGGCUUUGAGAAAGUCUAGAAGAUAGAAAUGUGAGCCUUCAGCUUUCAGUGUUCAAUCAGGAGGCUCAGAGCUUUUUGUAUUAAACUCUUUGUGUAGAUUACUAAAACCAGAGAUGAAACCAGAUAGAACUGGUUGAAAAAAUCCUUAGUAAUAACACCAGUCAUAUUAAGAAAUGAGUAAUCUGAUCAACUGAGAACUAAGUGAGAAGAACACACCUAUUGGCUGUUAGGGUAGGGGACUUUGGCUGUUCCUCUGCUCGUUCCCAGACAUUAUGUGUAAUACCCAGUUUAUUGAUGUGCCUCAUCACAAGUCAUUUUGAUGACUGGGUUAUUUUCUACGCCACUAAGUUGACCUCUGUAUACAACCAGAAUGAAUUGCCAAUGUUAGGUUUUGAAAAGAUGACAAAGAGCUCUAUAUCUCAGGUUUAUUUUCUAAACGCUUAGAUUAUUGUGAAAUGCACCCUGUCUCCACUCCCUUUUCUGAAAAUAAAGGUGUCGAGACUGUACAGGGCAAGAUGUGACGCAAGCAGUGUUGUUGUCUGUUUUUGACUCUUUUUUGGCAUUGUGUAAUAUCUGACUCAAAUCUGUGUGUGGGUCGUUUUGUUGACUGGGUUGUUAUCUACUCCACACAUUUUGUUCAGAGGAACCUUUAUAUGCUAAUGUUAAAAUACGUCAGUCUUCAUAUCAUAGAAACUGCCAUGACUGCAUCCCACUCUUAAACUUCAAAGUUGAAAAUCAGUGUUCCAUUGAUUUGCAACCUUUUCAAAUAUUAAAGGUGUGUGUUUGUGGAGGAGCUUCUAGUUUUGUGCGAACAUCAAACUGCUCAACUCCUGACGUUUUUCUUUAUUUAUACAUAUAUACAGUCGUGGUCAAACGUUUUGAGAAUGACUCAAGUAUUGGUCUUCACAAAGUUUGCUGCUUCAGUGUUUUUAGAUAUUUUUGUCAGAUGUUACUAUGGUAUACUGAAGUAUAAUUACAAGCAUUCCAUAAGUGUAAAAGGCUUUUAUUGACAAUUUACAUUAAGUUUAUGCAAAGAGUCAAUAUUUGCUGUGUUGACCCUUAUUUUUCAAGACCUCUGCAAUCCGCCCUGGCAUGCUGUCAAUUAACUUCUGGGCCACAUCCUGACUGAUGGCAGCCCAUUCUUGCAUAAUCAAUGCUUGGAGUUUGUCAGAAUUUGUGGGGUUUUGUUUGUCCACCCGCCUCUUGAGGAUUGACCACAAGUUCUCAAUGGGAUUAAGGUCUGGGGAGUUCCCUGGCCAUGGGCCCAAAAUGUCGAUGUUUUGUUCCCCGAGACACUUAGUUAUCACUUUUGCCUUAUGGCAAGGUGCUCCAUCAUGCUUGAAAAGGCAUUGUUCGUCACCAAACUGUUCUUGGAUGGUUGGGAGAAGUUGCUUUCGGAGGAUGUGUUGGUACCAUUCUUUAUUCAUGGCUGUGUUCUUAGGCAAAAUUGUGAGUGAGCCCACUCCCUUGGCUGAGAAGCAACCCCACACAUGAAUGGUCUCAGGAUGCUUUACUGUUGGCAUGACACAGGACUGAUGGUAGCGCUCACCUUGUCUUCUCCGGACAAGCUUUUUUCCGGAUGCCCCAAACAAUCGGAAAGUGGAUUCAUCAGAGAAAAUGACUUUACCCCAAUCCCUGUACCUUUUGCAGAAUAUCAGUCUGUCCCUGAUGUUUUUCCUGGAGAGAAGUGGCUUCCUCACUGCCCUUCUUGACAUCAGGCCAUCCUCCAAAAGUCUUCGCCUCACUGUGCGUGCAGAUGCACUCACACCUGCCUGCUGCCAUUCCUGAGCAAGCUCUGCACUGGUGGUGCCCCGAUCCCGCAGCUGAAUCAACUUUAGGAAACGGUCCUGGCGCUUGCUGGACUUUCUUGGGCGCCCUGAAGCCGCCUUCACAACAAUUGAACCUCUCUCCUUGAAGUUCUUGUUGAUCCGAUAAAUUGUUGAUUUAGGUGCAAUCUUACUAGCAGCAAUAUCCUUGCCUGUGAAGCCCUUUUUGUGCAAAGCAAUGAUGAUGGCACGUGUUUCCUUGCAGGUAACCAUGGUUAACAGAGGAAGAACAAUGAUUUCAAGCACCACCCUCCUUUUAAAGCUUCCAAUCUGUUAUUCUAACUGAAUCAGCAUGACAGAGUGAUCUCCAGCCUUGUCCUCGUCAACACUCACCUGUGUUAACGAGAGACUCACUGACAUGAUGUCAGCUGGUCCUUUUGUGGCAGGGCUGAAAUGCAGUGGAAAUGUUUUUUUGGGGAUGAAGUUCAUUUUCAUGGCAAAGAGGGACUUUGCAAUUAAUUGCAAUUCAUCUGAUCCCGUGUACCUCAGUUGGUAGAGCAUGGCGCUUGCAACGCCAGGGUUGUGGGUUCAAGGCCAGUAUGAAAAAAAAAAAAAAAUUUACGCAGUCACUAACUGUAAGUUGCUCUGGAUAAGAGCGUCUGCUAAAUGACUCAAAUGUAAAUGUAAAUCUGAUCACUCUUCAUAACAUUCUGGAGUAUAUGCAAAUUGCCUAUAGGCAGCAGACUUUGUGAAGAUUAAUAUUUGUGUCAUUCUCAAAACUUUUGACCACAACUGUAUUUACUACCGUUCAAAAGUUUGGGGUCACUUAGAAAUGUCCUUGUUUUCGAAAGAAAAGCAAUUAUUUUGUCCAUUUUAAAAUAACAUCAAAUUGUUCAGAAAUAUAGUGUAGUUGUAAAUGGCUAUUGUAGCUGGAAACGGCUGAUAAAAAAAAAAAAACGUACAGAGGCCCAUUAUCAGCAACCAUCAGUCCUGUGUUCCAAUGGCAUGUUGUGUUUGCUAAUCUUUAAAAAAAAAAUGUUUAGUCAUUUAGCAGACGCUCUUAUCCAGAGCGACUUAGUUAGUGAGUGCAUACAUUUUUUUCAUACUAAUCCAAGUUUAUCAUUUUAAAAGGCUAAUUGAUCAUUAGAAAACCCUUUUGCAAUUAUGUUAGCAUAGCUGAAAACUGUUGUGCUGAUUUAAAGAAGCAAUAAAACUGGCCUUCUUGAGACACACUCUUGGCAUUCUCUCAACCAGCUUCACCUGGAAUGCUUUUCCAACAGUCUUGAAGGAGUUCCCACAUAUGCUGAGCACUUGUUGGCUGCUUUUCCUUCACUCUGCGGUCCAACUCAUCCCAAACCAUCUCAAUUGAGUUGAGGUCAGGUGAUUGUGGAGGCCAGGUCAUCUGAUGCAGCACUCCAUCACUCUCCUUUUUGGUAAAAUAGCCCUUACACAGCCUGGAAGUGUGUUGGGUCAUUGUCCCACUAAGCCCAAACCAGGAUGGCGUAUCGCUGCAGAAUGCUGUGGUAGCCAUGCUGGUUAAGUAAAUCAAAUCAAAUCAAAUUUUAUUGGUCACAUGCGCCGAAUACAACAGGUGCAGACAUUACAGUGAAAUGCUUACUUACAGCCCUUAACCAACAGUGCAUUUAUUUUAAACAAAAAAAAGUAAGAAUAAAACAACAACAAAAAAAGUGUUGAGAAAAAAAGAGCAGAAGUAAAAUAAAGUGACAGUAGGGAGGCUAUAUAUACAGUAAAAUAAAGUGACAGUAGGGAGGCUAUAUAUACAGGGGGGUACCGUUGCAGAGUCAAUGUGCGGGGGCACCGGCUAGUUGAGGUAGUUGAGGUAAUAUGUACAUGUGGGUAGAGUUAAAGUGACUAUGCAUAAAUACUUAACAGAGUAGCAGCAGCGUAAAAAGGAGGGGGUGGGGGGGCAGUGCAAAUAGUCCGGGUAGCCAUGAUUAGCUGUUCAGGAGUCUUAUGGCUUGGGGGUAGAAGCUGUUGAGAAGUCUUUUGGACCUAGACUUGGCACUCCGGUACCGCUUGCCGUGCGGUAGCAGAGAGAACAGUCUAUGACUAGGGUGGCUGGAGUCUUUGACAAUUUUGAGGGCCUUCCUCUGACACCGCCUGGUAUAGAGGUCCUGAAUGGCAGGGAGCUUUGCCCCAGUGAUGUACUGGGCCGUACGCACUACCCUCUGUAGUGCCUUGCGGUCAGAGGCCAAGCAGUUGCCAUACCAGGCGGUGAUGCAACCAGUCAGGAUGCUCUCGAUGGUGCAGCUGUAUAAUUUUUUGAGGAUCUGAGGACCCAUGCCAAAUCUUUUCAGUCUCCUGAGGGGGAAUAGGCUUUGUCGUGCCCUCUUCACGACUGUCUUGGUGUGUUUGGACCAUGAUAGUUCGUUGGUGAUGUGGACACCAAGGAACUUGAAGCUCUCAACCUGUUCCACUACAGCCCCGUCGAUGAGAAUGGGGGCGUGCUCAGUCCUCUUUUUUUUCCUGUAGUCCACAAUCAUCUCCUUUGUCUUGGUCACGUUGAGGGAGAGGUUGUUGUCCUGGCACCACACGGCCAGAUCUCUGACCUCCUCCCUAUAGGCUGUCUCAUCGUUGUCGGUGAUCAGGCCUACCACUGUUGUGUCGUCGGCAAACUUAAUGAUGGUGUUGGAGUCGUGCCUGGCCAUGCAGUCAUGGGUGAACAGAGAGUACAGGAGGGGACUGAGCACGCACCCCUGAGGGGCCCCCGUGUUGAGGAUCAGUGUGGCAGAUGUGUUGUUACCUACAAGUGCCUUGAAUUCUAAAUAAAUCACAGACAGUGUCACCAGCAAAGCACCAUCACACCUCCUUCAUGCUUCACGGUGGGAACUACACAUGCGGAGAUCAUCCGUUCACCUACACUGUGUCUCACAAAGACAGCGGUUGGAACCAAAAAUCUCCAAUUUGGACUCCAGACCAAAGGACAGAUUUCCACCAGUCUAAUGUCCAUUGCUCGUGUUUCCCAAGCAAGUCUCUUCUUCUUAUUGGUGUCCUUUAGUAGUGGUUUCUUUGCAGCAAUCGACCAUGAAGGCCUGAUUCACACAGUCCCCUCUGAACGGUUGAUGUUGAGAUGUGUCUGUUACUUGAACACUGUGAAGCACUUAUUUGGGCUGCAAUUUCUGAGGCUGGUAAUGCUAAUGAACUUAUCCUCUGCAGCAGAGGUAACUCUGGGUCUUCCUUUCCUGUGGCGGUCCUAAUGAGAGCCAGUUUCAUCAUACCGCUUGAUGGUUUUUGCGACUGCACUUGAAGAAACUUUCAAAGUUCUUCACAUUUUCCGGAUUAACUGACCUUCAUGUCUUAAAAUAAUGAUGGACUGUCAUUUCUCUUUGAUUAUUUGAGCUGUUCUUGCCAUAAUAUGGACUUGGUCUUUUACCUACCUUGUCACAACACAACUGAUUGGCUCAAAUGCAUUAAGAAGGAAAGAAAUUCCACAAAUUAACUUUUAAGAAGGCACACCUGUUAAUUGAAAUGCAUUCCAGGUGACUACCUCAUCAAGCUGGUUGAGAGAAUGCCAAGAGUGUGCAAAGCUGUCAUCAAGGCAAAGGGGGGCUAUUUGAAGAAUCUCAAAUAUAAAAUAUAUUUUGAUUUGUUUAACACUUUUUUGGUUACUACAUGAUUCCAUAUGUGUUAUUUUAUAGUUUUGAUGUCUUCACUAUUAUUCUACAAUAUAGAAAAUAGUAAAAAUAAAGAAAAACCCUUGACUGAGUAGGUGUUCUAAAACUUUUGACCGGUAGUGUAUGUUGACUUACACGUGUGUGUGUGUGUGUGUGUGUGUGUGUGUGUGUGUGUGUGUUUUUCUGCUUGUUUCUCCUCUUGUAGACAACGACCAGCCAGGCCAUCUUCCGCCUGCAGUCCGGAGUGUGCCAGCUCUUUAGAGACACCCUGACCAACAAGGGCUUUGUGGAGAUCCAGACCCCCAAAAUCAUAUCAGGUACCACCACUGGGCUCAUAUAAAGCAGUGCCGGCUCGACUCUGACUAUCUGGUCAUUCGUGCUCUUUAUUGAUAAGCUGACUCUUAAUUGCACUUCACAAGCGUGAGCACAUAGACAAUGUGUGCGCAUGUGUCAUAUUUUGUAGCCAUAGAAAUGUGUGACAACAGUGUUGUUUACUACAGUACUUGCUACCACAACCCCACGUGAUAGAGUUUUUGAACUGAGCUGUGGUGAAAGAAGUGUUGCUUUCACUUCCUCAUCUUCGGUAGGAGCCAAUGACAUUCAACUCAGCCUGGCAUUGACGCAUUUAAAAUUGCCGCCUUUUUGGUGCGAGCAGCUGCGGAUCAACAGUGUGUACUACUCUAAAAACCGCAUUUUCCUCUGCCAACACCCAUUACCCAUCACACGUACCCUGUACAAAAUGUUCUAUGUGACCAUCCUUCUGUAAAGGAAAACACAACAGACAAUCUACUAUUUGAUGUGAACGUCAAACACGUGCGUAAAUAAGUUAGUGGCACUGGUAUGAAAGGGUGUUAUCACAUAGACGACUUGAAGAAAGGCUGUUCACUACAGACAGAUGAUUUUGGGCCAUGUAUUGCUUCUCUCCUGGGAUAGUUUGUCUAAAAGCUGUCGUUCUCCUCUCUAGCUGCCAGUGAGGGUGGGGCGAACGUCUUCACUGUGUCCUACUUCAAAACCAGUGCCUACCUGGCCCAGUCUCCCCAGCUCUACAAGCAGAUGUGUAUCUGUGCUGACUUUGACAAGGUGUUCUGUGUGGGACCAGGUAAGGCAACACCUAGUGAAGAACCCAUGGUCUAGCGGUCAUUCUCCUAGCCAGGCACAGGGACACUACUCCCCAAGCCGAGACCAGGGUUUAAUCCCUAUGUCCACCCUUUCUUAAAUGUUCCCUCUGGUCUGUCUCCCCCUUUGUUUCCAACUGUCUGGAUGAAGUAUAACAUAAAAAAAUAAAAACUAUAUAUAAUACUACAUCUCUAAGCUGUUCACCUAAACCCCUAUUAACUCCCUGUAUCCAAUAAUGGGAAUUAAUUUGGACUAUUGUGUUGAAUACAUCAGUCACUCUAGUUAUGUAGUCAACAAACAAACAGUGGCUUACGCAAUAUUAAAACUGGGCGAAUAACUGCAAAUACACCAAUUAUUUGACACAUAGACAGUGUUGCGAUAGGGCACAUGUUGAGCAAUAGGAAACAUAAUGUAUCUGACUGGCUUGCGCUUGGUUGCAUAAUGACUCUUUGUGAGGUAGGUCAACAGGGCCAUCACCUGGCCGGAUCCACAUGUAACCAGAGGAGUAUUGAUGUUGUUCCCCCCCCCACUGCAGUCAAACAUGUCUAGUGUGUGUCCCAAAUGGCACUCUAUUCCAUGGUCAAAAGUAGUGCACUAUAAAGGGAAUAGGGUACCAUUUGGGACGCGGCCUCUAGUUUAUCUCUGGGCUGAUGGAUCUAAUCCUCAUACUGAAAUACUACGUCGCUGAUACUAACUGAAGAUGUUCUCCAUUCCAGUGUUCAGAGCAGAAGACUCCAACACCCACCGUCAUCUGACAGAGUUUGUGGGUCUGGAUAUUGAGUUGACCUUUAACUACCACUACCAUGAAGUGAUCGAGUCCAUCACUGACACCAUGGUUCAGAUCUUCAAAGGGCUCGGAGACAAGUAAGAUGUGAUUCACUUUUUACCCAUAUUUGCAAACAACGUGAAUUAGGAUGGUUUAAACUUUAGAGGGCCUAUUACAGGGCUAUAACUGAGCAAGUGGAUGACACCCCAUAUAAAGUAAAUAUGUGCCUCCACCGCCAUCUCCUGGUUUGAAAGGGCAUUGCAUCUGUGCUAAGGGAGCAGGUGGUAUUUGAGUUCACUUUUGUGCGUGUGUGUUGGCCAGGUUCCAGACAGAGAUCCAGACGGUGGGGAAGCAGUACCCCAGCGAGCAAUUCAAGUUCCUGGAGCCCACUCUUAGGCUGGAGUACAGGGAGGGCGUGGCCAUGCUCCGGGAAGCAGGGGUGGAGAUGGGAGAUGAGGAGGACCUCAGGUCAGUAGCAGGUCAAGAGUUUGCAACAUAAGACAUUAAAAUGGGCGGCAGGUAGCGCUUAAUCCCCGAGCUGACUAGGUGAAACAUCUGUCUGUGCCCUUAAGCAAGGCACUUGACCCUAAUUGCUCCUGUAAGUCGCUCUGGAUAAGAGCAUCUGCUAAAUGACCAAAAUGUAAAAAUUGGAACGUAAAGAGCAAAUGAAGACGUUGUUUUUAAGUCUUUUUUUAUUUCCUACUGAAAAUACUUUUUUAAAACGUUUUUCAUAGCACUCCCAAUGAGAAGUUGCUUGGUCGUCUGGUGAAAGAAAAGGUAUGUUACAUUCAGUUUCUUUGGGAUGUCAACAGAUUUUAUAUUAUUCUAUAUGGUACAUGCUGAGCAUUUUAGACUGUAAAGCAAACUAACUCAUUUAUUUAUCUCCUUUCUGUUAGUAUGACACUGACUUCUACGUGCUGGACAAGUACCCACUGGCAGUGAGGCCCUUCUACACCAUGCCUGACCCCAACGACAAAGUAUGCAAGUCACUACACACAAACAUACACACACCACACCACACACUUCACCAGGUUGCUCAUGACACCAUUGUGGCAGGCAUUGGCAGUGUUAUACCAGAGCAGUGACUGACUUGACUGAUGUUUCCUCCCCAGAAAUAUUCCAACUCCUACGACAUGUUCAUGAGAGGAGAGGAGAUCCUCUCUGGAGCUCAGAGGAUCCACGAUGCCCAGCUGCUCACUGAGAGGGCCAUAUACCACAACAUUGGUAAUUAAACAACUCUGCCUUGUUAUUCAGGGCGGCCAUAUUGAUCAAUCAGUAAAUCAAGCUUCCUUUCUUCUCUUAAUCGAUUGCUAGAGAAUAAGCAUAUUAUUACUAUGUUACAAAUACACUGGUGGCUGGUACUAAUAUGUAAAGUGGUGAUGCUAGUAUCAAAUAUUACCAUGACUUGAAAUGAUUUGUGUUGCUGCAGACCUGGAGAAGAUCAAGUCCUACAUUGACGCCUUCCGAUACGGAGCUCCCCCACAUGGAGGUGGUGGCAUUGGUAAGAAAUAAAAUACUGAUUCUAAACCUUGGCCCAUACCCUGUCAAUAAGAAAGACAUUGUACAUCUAUUCUACAUACAGUGAGGGAAAAAAGUAUUUGAUCCCCUGCUGAUUUUGUACGUUUGCCCACUGACAAAGACAUGAUCAGUCUAUCAUUUUAAUGGUAGGUUUAGUUGAACAGAGAGACAGAAUAACAACAAAAAAAUCCAGAACAACGCAUGUCAGAAAUGUUAUAAAUUGAUUUGCAUUUUAAUGAGGGAAAUAAGUAUUUGACCCCCUCUCAAUCAGAAAGAUUUCUGGCUCCCAGGUGUCUUUUAUACAGGUAACGAGCUGAGAUUAGGAGCACACUCUUAAAGGGAAUGCUCCUAAUCUCAGCUUGUUACCUGUAUAAAAGACACCUGUCCACAGAAGCAAUCAAUCAGAUUCCAAACUCUCCACCAUGGCCAAGACCAAAGAGCUCUCCAAGGAUGUCAGGGACAAGAUUGUAGACCUACACAAGGCUGGAAUGGGCUACAAGACCAUCGCCAAGCAGCUUGGUGAGAAGGUGACAACAGUUGGUGCGAUUAUUCGCAAAUGGAAGAAACACAAAAGAACUGCCAAUCUCCCUCGGCCUGGGGCUCCAUGCAAGAUCUCACCUCGUGGAGUUGCAAUGAUCAUGAGAACAGUGAGGAAUCAGCCCAGAACUACACGGGAGGAUCUUGUCAAUGAUCUCAAGGCAGCUGGGACCAUAGUCACCAAGAAAACAAUUGGUAACACACUACGCCGUGAAGGACUGAAAUCCUGCAGCGCCCGCAAGGUCCCCCUGCUCAAGAAAGCACAUAUACAGGCCCGUCUGAAGUUUGCCAAUGAACAUCUGAAUGAUUCAGAGGAGAACUGGGUGAAAGUGUUGUGGUCAGAUGAGACCAAAAUCGAGCUCUUUGGCAUCAACUCAACUCGCCGUGUUUGGAGGAGGAGGAAUGCUGCCUAUGACCCCAAGAACACCAUCCCCACCGUCAAACAUGGAGGUGGAAACAUUAUGCUUUGGGGGUGUUUUUCUGCUAAGGGGACUUCACCGCAUCAAAGGGACGAUGGACGGGGCCAUGUACCGUCAAAUCUUGGGUGAGAACCUCCUUCCCUCAGCCAGGGCAUUGAAAAUGGGUCGUGGAUGGGUAUUCCAGCAUGACAAUGACCCAAAACACACAGCCAAGGCAACAAAGGAGUGGCUCAAGAAGAGGCACAUUAAGGUCCUGGAGUGGCCUAGCCAGUCUCCAGACCUUAAUCCCAUAGAAAAUCUGUGGAGGGAGCUGAAGGUUCGAGUUGCCAAACGUCAGCCUCAAAACCUUAAUGACUUGGAGAAGAUCUGCAAAGAGGAGUGGGACAAAAUCCCUCCUGAGAUGUGUGCAAACCUGGUGGCCAACUACAAGAAACAUUUGAAACGUCUGACCUCUGUGAUUGCCACCAAGUACUAAGUCAUGUUUUGCAGAGCGGUCAAAUACUUAUUUCCCUAAUUAAAAUGCAAAUCAAUUUAUAACAUUUUUGACAUGCGUUUUUCUGGAUUUUUUUGUUGUUAUUCUGUCUCUCACUGUUCAAAUAAACCUACCAUUAAAAUUAUAGACUGAUCAUGUCUUUGUCAGUGGGCAAACGUACAAAAUCAGCAGGGGAUCAAAUACUUUUUUCCCUCACUGUACUCAUUGUAAAUAUACUCAAUAAGAAAGACAUUGUACGUCUAUUCUAAACAUACUCAUUGUAAAUAUACUCAAUAUGAAAGACAUUGUAAAUAUAUUCUAAAUAUACUCAUUGUAAAUAUACUCUGCAUGAAAGACAUUGUAAAUAUAUUCUAACUAUACUCAUUGUAAAUAUACUCUGCAUGAAACACAUUGUAAAUAUAUUCUAAAUAUACUCAUUGUAAAUAUACUCUGCAUGAAAGACAUUGUAAAUAUAUUCUAAAUAUACUCAUUGUAAAUAUACUCUGCAUGAAAUACAGUGGGGAAAAAAAGUAUUUAGUCAGCCACCAAUUGUGCAAGUUCUCCCACUUAAAAAGAUGAGAGAGGCCUGUUAUUUUCAUCAUAGGUACACGUCAACUAUGACAGACAAAAUGAGAAAAAAAAAUCCAGAAAAUCACAUUGUAGGAUUUUUAAUGAAUUUAUUGGCAUAUGAUGGUGGAAAAUAAGUAUUUGGUCAAUAACAAAAGUUUCUCAAUACUUUGUUAUAUACCCUUUGUUGGCAAUGACACAGGUCAAACGUUUUCUGUAAGUCUUCACAAGGUUUUCACACACUGUUGCUGGUAUUUUGGCCCAUUCCUCCAUGCAGAUCUCCUCUAGAGCAGUGAUGUUUUGGGGCUGUCGCUGGGCAACACAGACUUUCAACUCCCUACAAAGAUUUUCUAUGGGGUUGAGAUCUGGAGACUGGCUAGGCCACUCCAGGACCAUGAAAUGCUUCUUACGAAGCCACUCCUUCGUUGCCCGGGCGGUGUGUUUGGGAUCAUUGUCAUGCUGAAAGACCCAGCCACGUUUCAUCUUCAAUGCCCUUGCUGAUGGAAGGAGGGUUUCACUCAAAAUCUCACGAUACAUGGCCCCAUUCAUUCUUUCCUUUACACUGAUCAGUCGUCCUGGUCCCUUUGCAGAAAAACAGCCCCAAAGCAUGAUGUUUCCAACCCCAUGAUUCACAGUAGGUAUGGUGUUCUUUGGAUGCAACUCAGCAUUCUUUGUCCUCCAAACAUGACGAGUUGAGUUUUUACCAAAAAGUUAUAUUUUGGUUUCAUCUGACCAUAUGACAUUCUCCCAAUCCUCUUCUGGAUCAUCCAAAUGCACUUCAGACGGGCCUGGACAUGUACUGGCUUAAGCAGGGGGACACGUCUCGCACUGCAGGAUUUGAGUCCCUGGCGGCGUAGUGUGUUACUGAUGGUUGGCUUUGUUACUUUGGUCCCAGCUCUCUGCAGGUCAUUCACUAGGUCCCCCCGUGUGGUUCUGGGAUUUUUGCUCACCGUUCUUGUGAUCAUUUUGACCCCACGGGGUGAGAUCUUGCGUGGAGCCCCAGAUCGAGGGAGAUUAUCAGUGGUCUUGUAUGUCUUCCAUUUCCUAAUAAUUGCUCCCACAGUUGAUUUCUUCAAACCAAGCUGCUUACCUAUUGCAGAUUCAGUCUUCCCAGCCUGGUGCAGGUCUACAAUUUUGUUUUUGGUGUCCUUUGACAGCUCUUUGGUCUUGGCCAUUGUGAAGUUUGGAGUGUGACUGUUUGAGGUUGUGGACAGGUGUAUUUUAUACUGAUAACAAGUUCAAACAGGUGCCAUUAAUACAGGUAACGAGUGGAGGACAGAGGAGCCUCUGAAAGAAGAAGUUACAGGUCUGUGAGAGCCAGAAAUCUUGCUUGUUUGUAGGUGACCAAAUACUUAUUUUCCACCAUAAUUUGCAAAUAAAUUCAUAAAAAAUCCUACAAUGGGAUUUUCUGGAUUUUUUUUCCUCAAUUUGUCUGUCAUAGUCGACGUGUACCUAUGAUGAAAAUUACAGGCCUCUCUCAUCUUUUUAAGUGGGAGAACUUGCACAAUUGGUGGCUGACUAAAUACUUUUUUUCCCCACUGUACAUUGUCAUGGUACUCUAAAUAUACUCAUUGUAAGUGCACUGUAAUGCUGACAAGUGAGUUGUUUCCCUCAGGACUUGAGAGAGUCUGCAUGCUCUACCUGGGUCUUCACAACGUCCGCCAGACCUCCAUGUUCCCCCGUGAUCCCAAACGCCUGACCCCCUGAGCGGCCAUCGAUCGCCACUGGACACGGAUGCAGGACAUGGGAAACUACAUGAAUCUCCAAUACACCAGACAGAGGAUAAAUGAGUGGCACAACACUGAAGUGCCACUGUGAUUAACAAGAGAAAAAUAGAGAAUCAAGCCAGGCUACUAUGGUUACCAGUAUUCAGUUAUAGAAAAUGACACAGGAAGAAAUAGAUCCAUAAUAUAAGGGAUAAAUUAUUCUUAGACAUUAGAAGUGGAAUAUGAUUUAGGGAUGUAAUAACUUAGGCUUAGCUUGGGUGCCUGUCUGUUUCUGCUGUCUUGCCAACUGCUUAUGCCAUGUUUGGCUUGACAAUGAUAAUGGAGCAGGCAAAGGUACAAACAGAUUCCAGGCUUUCCUAGGCUCACCAAUGGGAUAACACACCUGUGUUUUAUGUCUAACACUUUUCUAUGGGGUUAAUACACUUUGAUAACAGUAUUUAUCACACUGCAGAGCUAUGACUAAUAAAUAAUUGUGGUCUGGUGACAAUUUGUAAUUAUUGCAGAUGUUUUGGAGGACAAAAAGUACUUCAAAAGCAU